CCGAAAAGUCAGAUCUAAUCAUGUAUAUCUCAUAUUUAACUGUGUCCGGAUUCUCGUUCUUUCUUUGUUUUGAUUAUAUGCUUGUAGAUGGGUUUAAAAUUCAUGAACAUGGAACACAUGAAGAUCGAAGCUUGGAAAGCUUUAUAAAUUGUUUAAAUGGUUGUCAAUUAAACAACCAGGAUUCAAGCUCGUUGUUCCAUAGAGUGAGACGAUCGGGCAAGUCAUUGGAACUAGUUCCCGCGGGAAUAGAAACUGAUAGUUUAGUCUCGGAAAAAAAACGCAAGGAGACGGGAAGCAAAAUUAACAAUGAGGAAAACAUUGAGGUCACAAAUAAACCAAAUCAUAAAACAACCUUAUCUGAUAUUUUACGUUCACGAUCUGGUACCACACAUUAUAUGUCUGUAACUGAAGGGUCGGAUUCCAGUCUAGAAAGUUCAGACCAAAGUUCACAAGAGUUAAAUGAUGAUGAAGAUGUUGUUGGCCAUGAAGACAUCAGUUCCAGUUGGAACUGUCAUCAUUUAUGUUUGCGUAAUUCAAAUAUUUUUGGUUAAACACAUCAAUGGAAGUUUGAUUUAUGAACAUAGACAAAAAGUGAUCUGACGUAUUAUGUUUCUUCUGUGUAUGAACUGACGAUUUAUGUUUCUACAGUGUGUAUACUAAUGAUUUAUGUUUUUUCUGUGUAUAUACUGACGAUUGUGUUUCUUCUGUGUACAUGUUGCUUCUGU